AUGUCAUUCCCUUCCGGUUCUUCUUCAGUUCCCCAUAACUCAAAACCGGAACCAGAGGAGUCGGUAGCAUCAGCUAUACCUAAGGUUUAUUUGCAUGAUGAUGGCUAUUUUAUCUACCGUUUUGAAUCUGAGCAAGACAAAGCCAGUAUCAUGGAGAAUGGCCCCUACACCUAUAAUAACAGACCCUUGAUAUUGAAGACAUGGACGCUUGAGUUCCAGAUGACCAAAGAACCUAUUUGUCUAAUUCCACUAUGGGUCUGCUUUCCUAGCCUUCCAGUACUGUACUGGAAAGAGGAAAACUUAGGAAGAAUUGCAAGCUACCUAGGGAAACCUAUAUGCGCAGAUAGACUAACAGUACAUGAAGAUAGGGUGUUAUAUGCUAGAGUCCUAAUCGAGAUGGAUGUGUCUCAACCUCUACCUGAGGAGAUGACUAUUGAAAAAGCUGAUGGUAGCCUUUGGAUGCAAAUGAUCGAGUAUGAAUGGAGGCCAACAUUAUGCCAAAAGUGCUUGUAA